AGAUGCUGAAGGAGACGCUGGGCGCGGGCGUGGCGUACCUGCACGAGGGCGUGGAGGCGGGCGACCGGCGCGUGGUGCAGCAGCUGCUGGACUCGGGCGCGGUGCAGCUGUGCGUGCUCACCGCCGAGCUGGCGUGGGCGUUCACCGCGCACGUGCACACCGUCAUCGUGGCCGACACGCUCACGUAUAACGGCAAACUGCACUGCUACGAGCAGUACCCCAUAACGACGGUCCUGCAAAUGCUGGGGCGAGCGUGUCGACCGCUGGAGGAUGACCACUCGGUGGCCGUGCUCAUGUGUGUACAGCACCAGAAGACUUUCUUCACCAAACUGCUCAACGACUGUUUACCUCUAGAGAGUCAUCUCGACCAUCGCCUGCACGACCACAUGAACGCUGAGAUAGUGACAAAGACCAUUGAGAACAAACAAGACGCCGUCGAUUAUCUGACCUGGACCUUCCUCUACCGUCGCCUCACACAGAAUCCCAACUAUUAUAAUCUGCAAGGUGUCACGCAUAGGCAUCUGUCAGAUCAUCUAUCAGAACUGGUGGAGACGACACUGUCAGAUCUGGAGCAGUCCAAGUGUAUAUCCAUAGAAGACGACAUGGACGUCCAGCCGUUGAACCUGGGGAUGAUUGCGUCGUACUAUUACAUCAACUACACGACCAUAGAGCUGUUCAGUCUGUCGUUGACCAGUAAGACCAAGAUCCGCGGUCUCCUGGAGAUUAUAUCCUCGGCCGCCGAGUACACAGAGCUGAGCAUCCGCCACCGGGAGGAGAACAUCAUCAGAGCUCUCGCAGCCAAGGUGCCCCACAAACCGACGGCGCCAUCCGGCGGCUCGGUGAAGUACAAUGACCCGCACGUGAAGGCGCACGUACUGUUACAAGCGCAUCUGUCACGUACACAACUGCCGGCCGAACUGCAAGCCGACACUGCGCUUGUACUCACUAAGGCUAUACGUCUGAUCCAAGCGUGCGUGGAUGUAGUGUCGUCCAGCGGCUGGCUGUCCCCGGCGGUGGCGGCGAUGGAACUGGCCCAGAUGGUGACGCAGGCAAUGUGGGCGCGCGACUCGUACCUGCGCCAGUUGCCGCACUUCACGCCGGAACUGGUGCAGCGGUGCACGGACAAGGGUGUGGAGACAGUGUUCGACGUGAUGGAGUUGGAGGACAACGCGCGCGCUAAACUACUGCAGCUGUCCACCGCGGAGAUGGCCGACGUGGCCAGGUUCUGCAACAGAUAUCCAAACGUGGAACUGUCCUACGAGGUGAAGAACGAGCGUCGCCUGUCGGCCGGCAGACCGAUCGUGGUGGAGGUGACCCUCGAGAGGGAGGACGACGUGGUCGGACCGGUCAUCGCACCAUUCUUCCCACAGAAACGCGAAGAAGGCUGGUGGGUGGUGAUAGGCGAUCCGAAGAGUAACACCCUUCUUUCUAUAAAGCGAGUGUCGUUGGGGCGAAGCGCCAAAGUUCGUCUCGACUUCGUGUGCGGCGCCGGCGGCAGGCACACGUACACACUAUACUUUAUGUCGGACGCGUAUUUAGGUGCCGACCAAGAGUACAAGUUUAGUGUGGAUGUGGCCGACGUCGCGUCCGAUUCUAGCGGCAGUGAUGCAGAAUAAUGUAGUUGUUAAGUGUACAAAUAAAAUUUGAAUAUUGA